AUGGAGCUAUCCCGGCAGGAAUACCCAGCGCUGCUGGCUACUUUGCACCCCACCCAAGCUACAAAUGUCUUAAAUGAACGUAUUCGAGUGAUCAACAAGAUUCACACGGAUAUCGCGGACUUUCUUCAGGAACGCCGUCGCGUGGAAGAAGCAUAUGCUCAAGGCUUGCGAAAGCUGGCAAAUCGCACUGUCCUCGACAAUGGGGCUGCACUUGGUAUCUUUCAGAUUCCUUGGCAGCGCAUUGUCAGCGCGACAGAGGCGUUAGCUGUAUCACACGAGACCCUUGCGACCAAGAUCGAGGAGGAUGUUGAGCGCGCGCUCAGAGAAUACAGUACCAAGAACCGCGAUAUGCAGUCCAUGCCCGGAGUCCAGAGCAAUCUUGCAGCAUUGGCGAAAAACAUUGAGAACGCACAGGAUAAGGUUGAAAAGGCCAAGAAGAAGAGCACCAAGAACCCCAAGCAGCUGGCGACUGCAGUCACUACUGCAGAAGAAGUCAGUCAGCAAUGGGAUUCGCGUGCGCCUUAUGUAUUCGAGCAGCUGCAAGCUGUGGAUGAAGGCCGUCUGAAUCACCUCCGAGACAUUCUUACGCAGCUGGAGACCCAUGAAGUGGAUCAGGUUGAACGUGGAAGGCAAGCCGCUGAGAGUUGCUUGAAUGUUCUCCUUAAUGUGGAGACAGCAGAUGAGAUACAAACCUUUGCAGCGAAAAUGAAGGGCAGUCGCAACCCGCCCCUGCCUGCCACACCACGAAGGCAACCGUCACAGGUGGAAAGCUCCCCUGUAGCACCGCCAUCGGCUGAGAUCCCAACUAAUGCGCCCCUUCCUCCUACCCCACGCGCUCAAGACGAUGCGGCUAGUCAAUUCUCUGAGAGGUCGGACAGACAAGCACCCCUUCCAGUACUACCUGCACCAGAACCACAGCCACGCCACACUCCAUUGGGAGGCUUAAGGCGAUUGGGAACCGUCAUGGGUAGGCGAAAGAGUAUGGCUGCGGGUCCCUCCGGAGGCUUUGACAAGAAGGCAGACAAAAAACGCAGUCCAUUCGGGCCUUUCAAGAGAAGCGAUUCUGCUAGGGAAAUGCAAAUUCCAGAAUCCCCUCCAUCUACAGCAGACCGACCCGGCACCUCUUUUACAGAGGAGUCUGCGCGACACCCCAGCAUUUCGCAAGACCCCAACCCAUCAGACACGAUAAAUGCGGCCCCUUCUACCUAUCCAGAAUAUGCUCCCACCAAUGGUACUGCCCACUUGGCUCAAGCUGGAAUUGUCAGCAAUGGGACUCAUCAAACUCACGUUGAUUCGGAAGGAUUCACAGAGCGUCCUUCGACGGUAGAUGACGUCACGCGUGCUCAGCGAGAGGCAGCGGGCUUGGACGAGUCCGGAAUGAAUCUUACCAUCCGGGACCAACCAAUCUUUGAAGAUGAGAGCCAGGCCAGACAGGCUAUGGAUGAUAUGGCAAACACUCUCCGACUGCGGGCCCAGCACUCUGGACUUCGACGGAAUGCAGGCACUAUUCGCGGUCGUCGCGAUGUUCGAAACACCGUCUUUGUUGGCAACCCAAGCCCGGAUCUGGCCCCUACACAAGGGUCGCCUGACCCAUAUUCCCCGUCUUCUCCGAUUAGACACACUCCCUCUCUAAGCAUUGCAACAGACGACCAUGCUAUGUCAGACACAACCUCGGUGCGGUCAGGGCAUACCGUACACGGAUCAGGCGCAAGCAUGCACCCCGAGCUGUACGAACCAGGAUUGAAUGCGUCGAUCAUUGAAACUGUCAAUGCCUGGUUUUCCGAGAGCACUGUGACCAAGUCUUCUGUUGUGGGAGAGCUCGCUCUAGCUCACAACGUGGCUCCUGGCUUUGCGGCAGAUUCGGCCCGCAUCCGUCUUGAGAACUUCCCGGUACUAGAGAAGGUUGCUGCAAAUCCUAACUUUGUUCAUGAAGUGCCUAAUGGCCCAGCGGAAGAAAAGCGAGGCGAAUACGACCUCCAGCUCGGCAGUAUUUCUCGGCCGAUGCCAACAGUUGCCUUCAAAUACCAAGUGCAUCUCGACCCUAGCAACGCAUCCACUUACUGCCCGGUUAUCUUCAAACCUGUCUGGAAUCUACAGGAAUAUCAAGCCAGUGCCAUCAUCUUCUACUCCAUUAACCCGGCCUUUGUCUCACAAUCAACCGGCCCCAUUACCCUGAAGAACCUGGUGUUGACUGUCGGCCUGGAUAUUGCGAAUGAAGAUGAGACUACCAAGCAGCCACGUGAGAGCGUCGCUCAUGCCGCUAGUGCUGUUAUGCAUCCUAACAUCGGAGCUACCUUCCGCCGUAAAAAUUCCACUGUUCUUUGGCGUAUUCCAGAACUGGAAGUCAAAGCUCCUGGAGCUGGCGAGGAUGGAAAAUUCCUCGUUCGUUUCACCACAUCUACAGCUGGACCUCGCAAGGGCAAUGUCGAGGCCAAGUUCGAGCUCCACACCACCGAUUCUACCUCUCGAUUGGGUAUCAGUCGCGCUGUGUCAAAGCCUUCUCAGCCAGAGGUUGAUCCAUUCGCCGAUGCCGGCUCUCCACAGGGAGCCCCAUCCCCUAUUCCAAGUAACUGGCAGGAAGUGCCAACUCAUCGUAAGUUGAUCAGCGGCAAAUACGUUUCUUCCUAG